GUGAGCGAGAGGAUGCUGGCGGGGGGCGCGAGGAGCAUGCCCAGCCCCCUCCUGGCCUGCUGGCAGCCCAUCCUCCUGCUGGUGCUGGGCUCGGUGCUGUCAGGCUCAGCCACCGGCUGCCCGCCACGCUGCGAGUGCUCAGCACAGGACCGCGCGGUGCUCUGCCACCGCAAACGCUUCGUGGCAGUCCCCGAGGGCAUCCCCACCGAGACCCGCCUGCUGGACCUGGGCAAGAACCGCAUCAAGACGCUCAACCAGGACGAGUUCGCCAGCUUCCCACACCUGGAAGAGCUGGAGCUCAACGAGAACAUCGUGAGCGCCGUGGAGCCCGGCGCCUUCAACAACCUCUUCAGCCUUCGGACGCUGGGGCUGCGCAGCAACCGGCUGAAGCUCAUCCCACUGGGCGUGUUCACGGGCCUCAGCAACCUGACCAAGCUGGACAUCAGCGAGAACAAGAUCGUCAUCCUGCUGGACUACAUGUUCCAGGACCUGUACAACCUCAAGUCGCUGGAGGUGGGCGACAACGACCUCGUCUACAUCUCUCACCGCGCCUUCAGUGGCCUCAACAGCCUGGAGCGGCUGACGUUGGAGAAGUGUAACCUGACCUCCAUCCCCACAGAGGCGCUAUCACACCUGCACAGUCUCAUCGUCCUCCGGCUCCGGCAUCUCAGCAUCAACGCCAUCCGGGACUACUCCUUCAAGAGGUUGUACCGGCUCAAGGUCUUAGAGAUCUCGCACUGGCCCUACCUGGACACCAUGACCCCCAACUGCCUCUAUGGCCUCAACCUGACCUCCCUGUCCAUCACGCACUGCAACCUGACCUCCGUGCCCUACCUGGCUGUGCGCCACCUGGUGUAUCUCCGCUUCCUCAACCUCUCCUACAACCCCAUCAGCGCCAUCGAGGGCUCCAUGUUGCAUGAGCUGCUGCGGCUGCAGGAGCUCCAGCUGGUGGGUGGGCAGCUGGCCGUCGUGGAGCCCUAUGCCUUCCGAGGCCUCAACUAUCUGCGUGUGCUCAACGUCUCGGGCAACCAGCUGACCACUCUGGAGGAGUCGGCCUUCCACUCAGUGGGCAACCUGGAGACGCUCAUCCUGGACUCCAACCCGCUGGCCUGUGACUGUCGGCUGCUGUGGGUCUUCCGGCGCCGCUGGCGGCUCAACUUCAACCGGCAGCAGCCCACGUGUGCCACGCCCGAGUUCGUCCAGGGCAAGGAGUUCAAGGACUUCCCUGACGUGCUUCUGCCCAACUACUUCACCUGCCGCCGCGCCCGCAUCCGGGACCGCAAAGCCCAGCAGGUGUUCGUGGACGAGGGCCACACGGUGCAGUUUGUGUGCAGGGCGGACGGCGACCCGCCGCCUGCCAUCCUCUGGCUGUCGCCCCGCAAGCACCUGGUCUCGGCCAAGAGUAACGGGCGGCUCACUGUCUUUCCCGACGGCACGCUGGAGGUGCGCUACGCCCAGGUGCAGGACAACGGCACGUACCUGUGCAUCGCAGCCAACGCUGGGGGCAACGACUCCAUGCCCGCCCACCUGCACGUGCGCAGCUACUCGCCCGACUGGCCCCAUCAGCCCAACAAGACCUUCGCUUUCAUCUCCAACCAGCCGGGCGAGGGAGAGGCCAACAGCACCCGAGCCACCGUGCCUUUCCCCUUCGACAUCAAGACCCUCAUCAUCGCCACCACCAUGGGCUUCAUCUCCUUCCUGGGCGUCGUCCUCUUCUGCCUGGUGCUGCUGUUCCUCUGGAGCCGGGGCAAGGGCAACACGAAGCACAACAUCGAGAUCGAGUACGUGCCCCGCAAGUCGGACGCGGGUAUCAGCUCCGCUGAUGCACCCCGCAAGUUCAACAUGAAGAUGAUCUGAGGAUGGGGCAGGGGGGCAGGGACCCCCGGGGCCGGCCGGGCAGGGGAAGGGGCCUGGCUGCUGUGCUCGCUCCUUGGGCCUUCCCGCCUCCCUUCCCUGCCCAGGCCCUACACACACACACACACACACACACACCGCUGUUCCCUGCGGCUCCCCUCCUCCGCCCCCUCCGCCGGCCCUCACCACUUGCCCUCUGCCUACCAGGACCUCCGCAGGCCAGGCCUGGGGACCCCACCUGCACAGGGGCACACGUUGACAGACUGGAGUCGGAAGCCGACAGACCGACACGUGGCACAGUCAAUAAUUCAAUUAAAAAAAAAGUUACGAACUUCCUCUGUAACUUGGGUUUCAAUAAUUAUGGAUUUUUAUGAAAACUUGAAAUAAUAAAAAGAGAAAAAAAACUAUUUCCUAUAGCUAGUCGGAAUGCAAACUUUUGACGUCCUGAUUGCUCCAGGGCCCUCUUCCAACUCAGUUUCUUGUUUUUCUCUUCCUCCUCCUCCCCCCCUUUCUCCUCCUCUUCCUCCUUUCUCUUCUCUUCCCCUAUGGGGAGGGAUCACUCAGGAAAACAGGAAAGGAGGCUCCGGCCCCACCUGCCCGGGCAGCUGACAGGAGUAGGCAGCGGAGGCAGGUGGGCUGGCUCUGGGCUGGCCAUUUGCAGGUAGCAGGUGGAGGAGAGAUAGGGCUGCCUGAUGGGGGUGGAGGCUGUUGGCCAAGAUGCCAGGAAGCGCUACUGCCAGGGGUCGGGGGCCUGGCUCGUGUGUGGCUGAGACUCUGGACAGGGGCUGGGGUCCUCCUGGAGGACAGCAUAGUUGGUGGAGAGAGCCAGGGGCUGGAGGCGGGACCGAGGCCUAACCUCUGGUCCCAGCUCUGCCGCUGACCUACUGUGUGGCUUCAGACAGGUCGCUGACCCUCUCUGGGCCUCAGUCUCCACAUUGUACAAAUGGAAAACGUGACUCCCCGCCCUGCCUACCUCACAGGGCUGUUGUGAGGAAUUGAUGAGAUGAUGUAUGUGAAACACUUUGUAACCUGUAAAGCGCUGUGCACAUGUG